CCUGGUCGUUGGCGCAGGCGCAGUCGGCCGGGCACCAUGAGGUUCCGGUUCUGCGGAGACUUGGACUGUCCCGACUGGGUCCUGGCGGAGAUCAGCACUUUGGCGAAGAUCUCCUCCGUGAAACUGAAGCUGAUCUGCACGCAGGUGCUGAAGGAUUUGCUGGGGCAGGGGAUUGACUAUGAGAAAGUCCUGAAGCUGACAGCAGACGCCAAGUUUGAGUCUGGAGAUGUGAAGGCUACCGUGGCCGUCCUGAGCUUCAUCCUGUCCAGCGCCGCCAAGCACAAUGUGGACGGCGAGUCUCUGUCCAGCGAGCUGCAGCAGCUGGGGCUGCCCAAAGAGCACGCCACGGCUUUAUGUCGGAGUUAUGAAGAGAAGCAAAGCCCCUUACAGGACAGCCUGCGGGCCUGCAGCCUGAGAUUGAACCGCCUGGAGGGUGUGGGCUGGCGAGUGGACUACACACUCAGUUCCAGUGUGCUCCGCCACGUCGACGAGCCCCUGGUUCAUCUGCGACUGGAUGUGCGGGGCGGAGGGCAAGGCGGGCCAGAGCCCAUCGCCCUAACCGUGUCGGCGGACAAAUUCCGAGUGCUCUUAACAGAACUGAAGCAGGCCCAGGCCCUGAUGAACUCGCUCAGCUGAGGGACCUGGAAGCCGCGGGCUGUGACGGUACAAGGAAUACGUCUGUGAUCCGAGUCCUCGCCACGAGGGUGGUGCCUGUCGGCUUGGCGGUUCCUCCCCUUCCCAGGGUCCUGAUCCCACUUCCUCCACAGUUCCCCUCUUCUCACACUUUGGGAUGGAGGGGAAGACCCCCUCAAGACCUGCUCACCCUCCUUGUCUAGAAUUCCUCAUCUCUGCCUCCCUUCUCCCCUUGCAAGAUUCCAGUUACCUCUCCCCCUUCCCUGAGCCAAAUUCCGUUUUCCCUCCUCCUCCCCUGGGGUCCAGCUCAGCCCCCGGGACCUUAUGAAUGGCAGUUCUGGCCUCUGCGUGCCUUUCCCAUCCGCACCGGUUGCUAUCUGUAUUUUGUGUAUUUUCUCAGAAGCCAAACAAAUAAAGUGGGUCAAAGGGAGAGAAAA